AUGGCACCCAAAUUUAUGGCCUACGUCGACAAGAAGGGUCGUCCCAUCAACGUCGUUAUCAUUCAGCUUCUCUUCGGAUGUCUUGCGUUCAUCAACCUGGCUCCGAGCGGCGGAAACAUCUUCAACUGGCUUCUUUCGUUGUCAGGUCUUUCAAUCCUGUUCAUCUACGGCGGUAUCGGUCUUGCCCAUGUUAGAUUCCGCUCAGCCUGGUAUGCUAUGAUACACCAUGUAAUUUUCUAG